GAUCGCGACUGCACCCUGGGAACCGGCGCAGGAGGUGUUGUCCAAGCUGGAGUCCACAAGCCCACUGGAAUGCGAGUUGCGAUCAAGACGGUGAAGGUUGACAACAAAGAGAAGCGUGAACAGAUGCUGCAGGAAAUCAAGGGCCUCGUUCUUGCUGCUGGCUGUCCCUACUUGGUUCAGUGGUACGCCGGCUUCGUGGGCAAGGACACCGGGCUCGUGCACGUCGUCGUGGAGCUGAUGGAUAGGGGGAGCCUUGCCGACCUGCGGAGGCGUCUGGCUGCUCCUGUUCCGCCGAAUCACGUGGCGUGCAUCGCUGCCCAAAUAAUGCGGGGCCUGGAGCAUCUGCACAGCAGACGGCUACUUCACAGAGACAUUAAGCCCGAGAAUGUCUUGCACAACGGCUUGGGCCAGGUCAAGCUGACAGACUUUGGCAUAUCAAAGGAUUUGACAUCUACUGCUGGUGUGGCAGCGAGCUUCGUCGGAACCGCGAACUACAUGUCUCCUGAGCGUGCUCUGGGCAAGGACUAUUCCUUCAGGUCAGAUGUCUGGAGUGCCGGAAUGGUGGUGUUCGAGCUGGCCCAUGGGCAGUACCCAUACAAGGCGAAGAACUUUCUUGACCUGUAUGAGUGCCUCUGCGCGCAGCCCGAGCCACGAUUGGACACCAAAGCGUUUCCUGCUGCGCUCUGCGGCUUUGUCGCCUUGUGCUUGAAGCGUGAUGACAUCGCGCGACCCGACGUCCAGUCGUUGGUUAAGCACGAGCUGGUGGUAAGCCAAGGUGCAGAGCAGAUCAAGCUCUUGGCAGAGUGGCUAGCAACGUCUGGAGCUUGUUCAUUUGUUGCCCAGCCAGGUCUGUUUGCAGACGGACGAUCUUAG